CGCCACCGGCCAAGGUUUCAGCAGACCUCACCAAAAUGCCAUCUCAAAUGGAACACGCCAUGGAAACCAUGAUGUUCACAUUUCACAAAUUUGCUGGGGAGAAAGGUUACUUAACAAAGGAGGACCUGAGAGUACUCAUGGAAAAGGAGUUCCCUGGAUUUUUGGAAAAUCAAAAAGACCCUCUAGCGGUGGACAAAAUAAUGAAGGACCUGGACCAAUGCCGAGAUGGCAGAGUGGGCUUCCAGAGCUUCUUUUCACUAAUUGCUGGGCUCACCAUUGCGUGCAAUGACUAUUUUGAACUACACAUGAAGCAGAAGGGAAAGAAGUAGGCAGCAUUGAACAGUACUCCCUCCCUGAUAAGAGUUCUCCCAAAGGGUCACUUAAGGAUCUGCCCCACAGCUUCCCCCUGUAUAACGACUUCUUGAGCUGAUGAGGACCCUAGAAUAUGUACAAAUAAAAUCCAACCCCCAUUAGACAAACAUAAAGAAAAGCCAAAGCCAGAUAAGCUUCUGAUUUUUAUAUUGCUUGCAUCCUUUUUCCCUCAAUAAACAAAUUCCUCUUUCAGUUAAAAAAAAAAAAAAAAAAAG